CGCUCAGCAGCUCACAGAUGUCACUGAAGCCUCCAUGUGACCGCGCUGCUCUGAAACUCCCACCAUUGUUCGCCGACUACACAAAGAGCAAUUUCCACUUUCCAGCAUCAUGUUCCGGCUUCACAUACCAGCAAUACCUCAAUGGUGACAGCAGCCAGCAGCCAAACAUGAUUUGUUCGUGCGCACUUCCAGCGUUUUCAUGGCGCGUUCUGCGCUUCUGCGACAACUUUGUCAUUCUUGGGCACCUAUAACCGUGGAGUGUUCAGGAACACAACGCAUGGGCUCUGUUUGGAAGUGUGGGGGACUGGAGUGAUCUACCCACAGGAGGCUCUGGUGUCUCUCAGUGGUAGUUGGGAAGCUUGAGAGGAUUUACACACAAGCUGCUGCGGAUACUUUGGAGAAAUCAGCCGGGAUGGCAGAAGAAAUCCUUAACGAUUCUCUCCCAGAUUUAAAGGAGCUUGAAAGUAAGAUUGGCAGGAAAACACCGGAGAGUCUUCUGAUCUGGAUGAAGGAUGCUGCGGAUUGUGAAGAUGAGGUGGUGGACAGGGGAGACCAGAGAUCUGCUGACAGCUUCUCAGACAAAAUCAACAACUUGAAGCAAGAGAUGAGGUGGCUCCGAUCUGCUGAUGUGAGGAUUCUCCGUCAGCUGGUGGCCCUGCAUGAAGGCAUCGAGGCCAUGCGUUGGCUGCUGGAGGAGAGAGGAACCUUAGCCAGCCAAGGCAGCAGCUUAACAGGCAGCCUGAGCAGCCUGGCGACCAUGGAGGAGCACUGGCCCUCCAUGUCUCCUUGCAGAGAAAGCCCCAGUCCGAUCUGCCUCCAGGAUUUGACUGAAACCAGCAGCAUUGAAUCAGCAGACCAGCAGCCUCCUUCACGCACCGACUUUGGUGAGAUGAACCACAUGAGUUACUUUGACGUCCUUCACUCAGAGUCCGGUGAAGCAAAACCUCCGAGUCCCACAAGCUCUGAGUUUAUACUCAGUCGAUCUGCACAGAGAGGUUCCGAUCAGGCAUCAUUAAAUCCUGUUGACAGUUUUGCUUGUGCCGAUGAACCGCAGUCAGAACCGCUGGACUCGGAUGCAGCAGCGCUACAGUACAUUAAAGGUGGUGCAAACACCAUCAGAAGAGCUCUGCAGAGAUCCACCAAAAGAAAACCCAAGAUGGAUGCUGGCACCUUUGCCUUCACUCAGCAGUCAGGAGAGAAAGUUCACCAAACUGAGGAGGAUUUCUCAGAAUCUCAGCCUAAUAAAGAGGCAGAGGAAGAGAGUGCAGCCAGUAACGAGAAGGCUUUGCUGGGUUAUGAUGCCCAGUGGUGCUGGGUGGAGUCGCAGGAUGAUGUGACCUUUUUAUGAUCUUCUAUAAAACAGUUUAGAUUUAUAAUGUUUGUGUUGAAGCUAUUAUCUAAAACGGUGGACUGCCAGCGAUACAAUGGGGUUUAAAAUGCACUUUCACUCUCUGUGUGUCAGAAUAAGAUUGAUGCUCACUGAAUAAUAUGAUAAGUGUUUGUCUCAUUCUGUCGACACUUUUACUUAGGAUGUGUUUGAAAACUUUUCAAUUUGACUACAUAUUUUAGGAGUUUAAAAGGAAAAUUAAACAAAUCCUUGAAUGAAAAGCUCUUUAAAAACAUGCACAGGACUGUAUGAUGUGAUCCAUGUUUCACACUUCAGUUUUAGAAAUUUUGAACAUCAGAUUUUGAGGGGAGUUGUGUUUGUAUUUUGCAUUGUUGUUGUUUUAAAUCUUCUGUCUUUUUUUGUUUGAUUGCAAUUAAUUUCAUUUGACUGUCUUUUAUAAAGCAACAGUACUAGUUAGUGUUUUCCUGUGCUUCUUCUAUCUCAUUUAGAUUGAAUUAUGGAUACAAACUAACAGAAACCUGUUAGGAUUUUAAAGAUGUUGCCAUGUUUUUUGAAUAAAUCUUUAUGCAAUGAUGAGCCUAUAUGUUUGGGUAAUAACAGUAAAUAUCUUUAUUGAUGCUGUUAAUUGUCUCUCAGCAGAGAAGUGUCAGUGUGCUGAUUGAAGUCCUGGUUGUUGAGACUAUACACUUUAAAGUCUCUCUCCAGUGCUUGAUUUAAUCCUUAAAUCUAAACUAUGUGUAUUAAAAUUUACAAGCUUUUCAAUUGAAAAUAAUCUCUUUUUGCUUGAAAAUGGCUUAGAUGUAAUUGAUCCCCACUGCUUCCUCCAGAAUACAGGGAAUAGUUUUACACUACACAUACAAAAUAAUAAGGUGUUAUUUAAUAAACUGUUUUACUGUAAUUUAAA